AUGGAUGCUACCUCGUCGACUUCGACAUAUAUUCCUCCUCCAUCUUUUCUCAGGAGGACGUUGGAUCAUUUAUCGACCAAGCGAUGUCAUAAAUUUACCGAGGAGGAAUCCCAAACUGCCAAUAGCGUCGCUGUCAUCGCAUUGCAACGCUACUUGUGGGAACAAAGUGCAAGUCAGCCGUGCCAGAGCUAUAACUACGACGUUACGAUCACCGAUGGGGUUUGGCGGACCAAAUGCUCCCUUCACCCGAGCCUAAACCACUUGGUUCACUCCAACACCUUGAAGACAGGCUCGGACGUCAUUAUCGAGCAGUGCUCGUUUGUUUACGACGAACGGAGACUGUUUCACGGUUACAUCAGCAUCGAGGGGUUAAGAUGCUGCACGGGAAAAUCCUUGCUCCUGUCUCACAUUCGGGAUGUGAGCUCAUUGCCCGUGCUGGUUAAAAGCGACUUGGAGAGGAGCACAUUACUCCAAAGGGACGUGCCUCUCCUGCUGAGCCGAAAACACUACCUGCCUUUGUGGAACAAUGAGUUCCAAGAAGGAGAUGUUUGGGCUUCGUCGAUUUCCUCCAGUAACCCGGUGCUGGACGUGAGCAGAGUCGCUCUUAUUAUGAACUUGGAUUCUGCAUUUCGAAGCACAUGUAAACCCCUCCCUCUCCUUGUGAGGAUUAUACACAAAUCCAGAUUGAGGUAUUAUGGCAAAAUCGAUACCAAGAUCGAUUUCCCCUACCAGGCUUACUUCGAAGUUGCUGACCAGAGCGGCAUCAUGUCUCUUGUGCUUUGGAACGAACUCUGUCCACGUUUUUACAACUCGCUCCAUGUUGGAACAGUGUUGUACCUCCAGGAUUACGCUCUUAAGAAGAGCUACUGCAGUCGCUCACGCCCGCAAAUGGACCAGUACCGAAUCAAGAUAUUUACCUCCAUUGAAAUAUGCCUGAACGCUCGCAACCCAACUUCUAUUGUCACCCUGGUGCCACUGAAGCAUGUUGCACCUCAAUGGUUAUUGCCUGAUGUGUCUUAUCGCUUUACCACAAGAUCAGCGAUCACAACAUUACCAAACAACUAUGCUUGUGAUGUCAUGGGUUUGGUAACAUUUGUUGGUCGUGUUGAAAGGAUAAAAAGUACAGGCAACACAGGCCCAGAGAAGUACUGGUCGUACCGCUGGGUUCACGCAGUGGAUGGAACAUCGGAGCAUCCUUUCAUCCUGGAAUUGUUUGCCUCUUCCCAACCUGAAAUCUUUGGCAAUAUCUGCCCAAUGAAUUUUUUGGUGUGCACUCAAAUGCGAGUGCGUCAAGUUGAGGGCUCGUUGCCUUACCUCACCAGUAGCUGUGAGACAGAGAUUUUCAUUACAGGCUACCACCAAAGUCAAGCAUACAAGAAGGACCCUACAGUGCAAAGACUCAUCCAGUGGACAAAAGCGCAGAAGGACAGUUUGGUGUUAAGGAAGACGGCCGUUGGCGGCCAUUACUGCUACCCUCAUGCUCCACGCACGUUCAACCCACCUGUAGCCGUGACGUCAGAGCAAGUUCCUAUCGUAUCCCUUUCUGAUUUGAAGAAAGAGUUUGAGACACUUCAGUAUAGAGAACAUAAAAAAGUUGCAAUUCAAUGUCAAAUUGUGGCUGUCAGAUACGUGGAAAAGUCAAGCAUGAGUCCGCCGCAAGAGAAAGAGGUGGCAGGCAUGGUCACAGGCUCGUCCGCACUAUAUUGGGAGAGCAGCGCUUGGGCAGGGCAACGGCAAGAAGUUUCUGCGUAUUGGCAUCACGGCGCUCUUCACGAGGGCAGCUUCACUCGAAAUUUUGACAUGGACAACCAGAACGCUCUCGUGCGGUGGUGCGACCUUCAUCCCAUGCGCUGGACACCAGAGCAUUCGGGUGACUCACUCGCGACCGCCGUUUGUCCGGGAUACUAUCAAGUUACCAUAUUAGGCAUAAACAAGGAAAUGGCUGUCGACGCAGCUUUUUUACCCAUUGUCCACUCCAAGGAGCCGAGAGCCGUAGGUCUUCCUCAGGGUCGGCAUGACAACACCAUGCUGUCUUGUCUCUCAUCUGGUUUCCUUUGCCCUCUGGCUGAAGUCACCUCAGACCGCGGCGUGGCGUCCCAGCAAAAACCAGAGGACAUUGUGGCAACGACCGGCGAGCUUGAGGACACACAUUUGGUGUGUGUCUUGGACAUUUGUCACCUCGGUGGAGAGGAAGUAGAGGUACUGAUUAGCAAAGUGUACAAAUUGACAGAGGUUACGCAUGCGUAG